UUUUUUUUUUUUUUUGGUUCAACUUUAACUGCGUGUGUGCCAUGACCACAGGAGCCGUGACCCCAGAAGACGACAAGUCGCAUGCGACUAAUGCAUGGGAGGCUUUGCCUCGCAUGGCACCUCUUCGUGUUCCGCUUCGUCGACGUCUUCAAACGUUGGCUCUUUUCUGGUGGGGCAUUGAACCGGCGGUGGCGGUGGGCUUCUUUUUAUGCCUGUGUACUAUGCCUGUGUUGUGGCCCAUCCUAAUCAUCUACUUGAUAUGGAUGCUCACUGAUAAGGCCCCUUCUCGAGGAGGUCGUCGCUCAGUCUGGAUUCGAAACUGGCGCUUGUGGAAAUAUUUCGUCGAGUAUUUCCCUGUCGAGAUUGUGAAGACGAGCGAUCUUGAUCCUUCAAAGAACUAUAUUUUUGGCUAUCAUCCCCAUGGUAUUAUUGCCAUUGGUGCUAUUGCCACCUUUUCAUCGGAAGGCACAGGAUUUUCAAAGUUAUAUCCUGGCAUCCAUGCUUCAUUGUUGACAUUGGCGUCCAACUUUAAUUUACCUUUGCAUCGCGACUAUUUAUUAGCAUGUGGUCUGUGCUCAGUAUCCAAGGAUUCGUGCAAAUAUAUUUUGAAAUCCGGUCCCGGACGAUCUAUUGCCAUUGUCGUCGGUGGUGCUACGGAAUCUUUAAAUGCUCGUCCAGGCGUCAUGGAUCUGACCUUGAAGAAGCGGUUCGGCUUUGUCAAAAUUGCCGUCCAAACAGGCGCCAAUUUGGUCCCCGUAUUAAGUUUUGGUGAAAACGAAAUUUAUGAUCAAGUGAAAAACGAAAAAGGAUCGCGAUUGCGCUUAUUCCAAAAACGACUCCAGCAAGUGUUUGGGUUUACCAUGCCCUUAUUCCAUGGUCGUGGUGUAUUCAACUAUGAUAUGGGCUUGAUGCCUCACCGUCGACCGAUGAACAUUGUCAUUGGAGAACCGAUCGAACCGCCCAAAGAUUUUGAUGAAAGCAACAUUGACAAGGUCGUUCAAGAAUUGCAUGCCAAAUAUAUUCAAAGCCUCAAGGAUAUUUACGAGAAAUACAAAGACGUGUACUUUAAAGAUAGAAUCAAAGACUUAGAAUUUGUCGAAUAAUCUCUCACACUCUUUUUUACUUAUUUAUGGAUAUAUAAAAUCUUUUUCUACAU